AAUAGGUGUUUAUGUUGGCGGUGAUCAUGAAAGUUGGGAAUAAUGUAGUAACCUGAAGGGAGUGACAUGAAUACCGGAGCCAAAUGGCCAUGUGCAGUAUGCACAUAUGAAAACUGGCCAGCAGCAUUUAAAUGUACUCUAUGUGGUACACCGAGAAGUCCAACCCUUAUUGAAGAUGAAAUGCAGCGUUUACAUCUAUCGUCUAAAGAUUCAGAGAAGAUCGAUGAAUGUCGUGUUGAAGCUGCAUUCGAUGCUACACAGAUGAUAAAAUGCCAAUCAUGUACUUACCUCAAUCAGAGACAAAACUUUAAGUGUGAACAAUGCUUUCAAGUUCUGUAUGAUUCACCAGUUCUGGACGUCGAGGUUUCUAAGCAGGCUUCUUCAACCUGGUUGUCUCCUCCUCCCCCUCCACUUCAUCCUCCUCAUUCACUAACAUCUUUAUCACCAUCUGGGAAAUGGGCAUGUAUUGAAUGCACAUAUGAAAAUUGGCCUAAAAGUAAACAUUGUACAAUGUGUUUUGCACCUCCACCACCAAUUUGUGCAAAUGUUUGUAAUGAGACUGAUAAUAAAGAUUAUAAUGCAACAUGUGCUUCAUCUAAUUCAUCUAGUUCAAAUGUUGUUACUCGACGUGCAAAAUCAAAUCUUACGAAUACUUCGUUAACUUCUCGAGACAGACUAUGGUUGUCAGCCUGUGUUGCUGUAGCAAGUGGUGAGGUGGCACCAAUCGAACGUUAUAUACUGGCUAAUGGUCGAAUAGAAAGAAAGCUAACAAAACACGAGUGCCGUUAUCUGAAUUCACACUUCCAAUCGACAACCAUCUGUGAUGUGCCAACAGGCUUAUCAAAUAACGACUAUUCUUCAAGACAAACUGAUGAUAUAAAGCUGAGUCUUCUAUCUGAUGACAGCAGUUGCCUUCCUCAAAGAGCAACAAUCGUAAGUUCUGAUAGUGGAUUAAUUUCCAGUAAUCUGGACUAUGCAUCCUCACCUAUUGGAUAUAAAUUUCGUUCCGGUUGGACACUGGUGGAUUUGGCGCUUCGAUUUUGUCGUACAGAUCUAAUUAACUUAUUUAUUGCUUUAAUCGGUUUACAUGCCACCAGUAGUGCUAUAUCUAUCGGUUCUGGUUCCAAGCAUUUUUCGUUACUUGUGAACUCAUCGAGUAUUACUCCUAGUGCUACUACAGUCGUUACUGCCUAUAGUACCACUACUACUUCCUGUGCUACAGCUAACACUGUAGCCAGUGCUGCAACUCCAAGUGUUUGUAAUACUAAUAAUAUUAAUCCACGGAACAAUGCACUAAAUAAUCCAAUUCAAGAUGUACAAACUCAGGGCAAAACUAAUCAGGGAAGCCGUAAAUUAAGCAGUCCAUUGACAGGGAAUCAAAUCCAUCCUGCACUUCAGUUACUUUUCAAUCGAACUCCAGGUAGUAUAAACAAGACUCAAACUAGCAGAAGUAAAUGGAUGCCAUGCCAGGCGAGUCCUCACAUUGCUGGUGAACUACGUGAUCUACUGGCCAAAACAGUAAAACAUCGUAAAGGCGAUUUUCCAUGUGCUUAUUUUGCUGAAUGGGGAACUUUCGCUUUGCCUCAUUCAAUUACAAAAUUUCCUGCUCCAGUGAAACAACUACUGCUAUCAGAAUUAUGUGACAUGCAAGCCCAAUCAGAGUUAGAAGAUGAUGCGAAAGCAAUCAAUUGGUGGUUCAUUCCUGGACAGAAACAAUCAAAUCGUUUGUUUGCUCUUUGGAAUCGAACUUCAGGUGAUUGUCUGUUGGACAGUGUUCUACAGGCUUGUUGGGGAGUAUUUGAUCGAGAAAAUUGUUUACGGCAUGCACUUGCAGAAAGUCUUCAAAAUUGUGAAGCUAACUUCUAUCCACGUUGGCGUGAUUACGAGGCAUUACAGGCUGCAUGCCAUUAUAUCUUAGAUGAAGAUCAGUGUCAAAGAGAUUGGGAGAAUGUUUUGGCAGCAGCGUGUCAACCACAAUUAACGUGCUAGACCAGUCAAAGAGAAUUAUAUCUGACUGCAAGCACUGGCGUUAGUAACUUUGCUGAGAGUAAUUAUCUUGGGUCAUCUUUUCCGAAUACUUCUAUUCGUAGCCUCUCAGGACCUGGUCUCAUUUCCCUGAAAAAGAAUGCAUAGCUUUUUAAACAUAUUAACUUCUAUGAAACUGUAUAAAACAUUGAUGUGUCUUUAAAAAGUACAAUAUUCGAAAUAAAUGCAGAUUGUUACAAUGGUUUUCACAAUUGUUCAUUCAAAUAUUAUUUAACUGAAUAAGAUAAACUUUCAUCUAAUCACCGUAUAUUUAUGCAUGAAUGCAUGCAUUACUUUCUGUUUGUACUAUUCUAAUUAGGUGAAGCUUUAGAACAAAUUCAUAUAUUUGCUCUAAGUCAUGUCCUUCGGCGACCAAUUAUUGUCUAUGGUGUAAAGUACAUUAAAAAUUAUCGUGGUGAACCAAUAGGAAUAGCAAAUUUUCAAGGUAUUUACCUUCCACUCCUUUGGGAGAAAAGCUUUUGUUCUCGGAAUCCUAUUGUUUUGGGUUUUACUCGAGGUCAUUUCACUGCUCUUGUGCCUAUUGAACCGUAUCCAAUAUUUUCAAAUACUGCUAAUGCAGAGUCUUCUGCAGAAACUAACCAAACUACUGGGACCAGUUGUUCUCCAUACCAAUCACCUCGUACAUCCUGUUCUUCACGUAAGCAUAGUCCUACGCCACCGGAUGAAGCAAGUACUUAUACUCAACUGCCACUGACCACUGUUCCCCUUUCAACUUCCAUUUCUGAUGCACAGUUGGCUUCCGUACUUGAACCAUCAUCUAACGGUGGUGUGACAACUAUAUCAAGUGCAAUAUCUCAGCAAAAUGCUUUUGUAUAUCUCCCACUUGUAGAUAGACAAGGCGCCUUGUUACCAAUUCAUUUUACUACAGAAAAGGAGGCUAAACUCUCGCAUACACUCCUUCAAGAUUGGCUGGAUGUAGUAUGUACACGACGAGGUCUACCACUUGCUCGACUACGACUGCAUGCAAAGCAUACACUUGUUGAAAACAUGGUUGAUGAAUGGUUGGAUUCUUAUCGUUCAUUAGCCAGGGUGUCUGUGAACACUAUUCCUACUCUAUCUACUACUACUAUAACUACCAUCAAUACAAACACAACUACAAAUAUUCAUUUAAUCAGUGGACACUCAUCCUCAUCAACUUCAGUUUCCUCUGAUACUGAUCAUGCUGAACAAAGCUCAAAAUCGAUAUCUUCAGAGGAUGCAGCAUGCGGCUCUAGUCAUCCUUAAUUCAUUGUUAAAAGUUUAUUGAAUCCCAAUUGCUGAUCAAAUUCAGUGAUAAUCGUCACCAGGAUCAUCAUGCUCCUCAUAUACUAAUUUCGGCUGUGACAAUUUGUGUUUUGCAGAAGAAAAACACACCAAUAAACAUUAGUAUUGAGGAUUACUAAUACCAGUUUAUUUGCCAACUACUUUCAUAGAGUGCUGUAUUUUUAUGACUUUAAUUGUUCCUUCCUUUCUACUUCGUAACACAGAGGUAUUACUCCGUAAAUCCCCUCCGUCCUCCGAAAUAUAGAAAUAAUAAGUAUCUACGAGUAGCAAAUUAUUCUCACAUCCUACUUAUUCAAACCGCAAAUCAAUAUUACCUGUUCAAGGUUCAACAUUUUUAAAGAAUCUUGUUUAAGUAAGCAGCAAAAUGUGUUUUGGUUUUUUAAAAGUGAGUUAAACACUAUUAACCAGAGUAGUGUAGAAUUCUUUUUUCUCUUGUAUUUCUUCACUUCUCUAGCCGAAAUGGAGGUGUGAUUUGUUUUACUAUUGGUUUCUUCUUAUAUGUGUGUGUGUGUGCGCGCGUUUCUGUCCAUGUACGCGUGGCAGUUUUACAUUUAAUUUUUUGUUGCAUAUCAUUGCCAUUUGUACCACUCUCUUCAUUGUUACCAUUUUCUGAACAUUAUUAGUUUUAUUGCUUUCCUUCCUUAUGGUUUCUUUCUUCGUAUUCUUUGUUAUUUACAGUUAACCGUUAUUUGGGCGCGAGUAUCUUUGUCUAUAUCCUUCUGUCUAUUUAAUGUACUUACAGUGAUAUAUGCGCGUACCAAUGACAAAUACUGUAUAGAUUUAUUCUAUAAGUUUUUAGUUUAAGCAAACUUAUUUUUUUGAAAAUCAUAAAAUUUACUUAUAAUGAAUUGUUUCUUCCUCAGAUGUUGACUUUGCCUUUGAACUAGUUGUCGUGUGCAUAUACACUAUCUAUUCCGCCGGUUAUGUGUGCAUCCCUUACAGUUCAUGAAUAUAUGGAACAUUCUUUCCUUCUACACAUCUAUGAGACAUUAAAAUACGAUGGGGUUUUU